CCCUUGUACGUGCUCGUGACUACAAAUGUUCUCUCCCCAACACAGCCAUGUAAUAUUGAUUUAAAAAAAAUAAAAAGGAAACGGCACGUUCUUUUAUUGGGUUGGUUUGGUAUUGUUUUGCAGAAAGUGAAUUCCUCUACGGACUCGCCCACUUUCUGUUUAAAUUGGUAGGGUUAUUCCUGCAGGGACUGUCCCCCGUCCCAGUGUAAAGUGGUACAGUCCAGUCUGGCUCCAGCUCUCAGCGGCUUCACUUUGCCGACAAAACGACAUGAAACAACAUGCGGAUAAACGACACUUUACUGUAAACUGGACACUAUAAUGAGCGUCUACUGGCUGGCUGUUUUACUGGGAGCCUUAUUGUGCGCGUGCGAUGGCGUCCACGUCACAGUGCGGGAGAAGCAGCACUACGCGAUGCUAUUCCAGUCAGUCGUACUACCAUGUCAGUAUCAAACAGCUUCAACCCAGACCCCAGUGGUGCAAUGGUGGUACAAGUCCUAUUGCCGAGACCGAACACAGGACUCCUUCACGUUGCCGGAGACCCUGGGCAUGAAGGCCUCGGAUCUCGGUCCUUCUUCGCACCUGGAGUGUUCCGACAGCAGUCGCACCGUCCGUGUUGUGGCAUCAGCUCAGGGAGCCUCCAUGACUCUGGCUGAGUACUACAAAGGCAGAGACAUGGCCAUCGUAAACAAAGCUGAUCUGAGGAUUGGGGAGCUGCAGUGGGGAGACAGUGGAGUUUACUACUGUAAAGUCAUAAUUGCAGAUGAUCUGGAGGGAAAGAAUGAAGGCCAGGUGGAGUUACUGGUGUUGGGCAGGAAAGGUGAGAAGGACGAUCUCCUCCCUGAGUUUGAUGUGGAGGUUAUGCCAGAAUGGGCUUUUGUGGGAUCUGUUGCCCUGGGCAGUGUCUUACUUCUGUUAUUUUUGGGGAUCUGCUGGUGCCAGUGUUGUCCACACUCCUGCUGCUGCUACGUCAGCUGCUGCUGCUGUCCAGACACCUGCUGCUGCCCACGACACUUGUAUGAGGCAGGAAAGAUUGCCAAAGGUGCACACCAGGCCCAGGUACCUGUGUAUCCCUACUACAUGCCCAGUGGGCCCACUCUGGUCCCUUUUGUUCCGUCUUCUCAGGCAGAACCAAAACUCGUCUCCAUUCCGUCCAUGGAAAACAACCUAGCUGGAGUGCGCAGUGGUUACCGACUGAAAGCCAGUCCACACCAGGACUCAAUGAAAGUCCUGUACUUCAUAGAGAAGGACCUGGCUCAGUUACCAUCUGCCAGGGUGGCAGCUCUCAAACCCAGUAGCGUGUCAGAGCUUAGCUCUCUGCACGACGGAGGAACCAAUGACUUCAGACACACCUAUCAGACAGUCCAGAUGAAGGCACUUCCUCCCAUCACUGAUAUCGAUGACCAGUCAGUAGUUAGGGCAGCUCCACCAAUACAUAGUCAAAGACUGAGAAGAGACAGAACCCACCUGUCAAAUGAUGAGUUGGACAGAAGGUUGAACACUCGCUCGGAACACCUGGAGCGAAAGACACUGAGCAGAAGAGGCCGCACAGGUUCUCUGGACGAGCUAGAGGAAUUUGCCCGCUCUUAUGACUCCCGUGGCCGUCGACCUGAGCCUCCCGACAGGACCUAUGACCGGGAUUACAGUCCUCCCAGACGUUUCUACAGAGAUGAGGAACAGGACUGGAGACGGCGCAGCCCCUCACCAUUGCCACAAAAGAGGAGGGACACAUGGGAUAGUGAUCGUCCCACUCGUCUGCCUCAAAGCAGAGGAUAUGAUGACACCUUACUCAGCAGUGUGCUGGAGACUAAGGUAAGAGGGCGUGGAGGGGAGAGAGGUGCUGGGAGGAUGGACGAAGAUAGUGACACUCCAUCCAAAGGCAGCUCCAGAGGAAAGAAUAGUGACAGCUACUACAGUCGGUCACCCAGCAACCGUCCAGAAGAGGAUGACCCUUUGCCUCCUUACUGCGAGAGGGAAGCAGAGCGGUACCGCAGAACUGAGGGUCCUACAAACCAAUACCGCACUGCAGAACCCCCCAGACCUGACAGAUACAGGACCACUGAACCCUCCACAAGGCCUUUCUCUUACACCCGUGCCCCUAACCAUGGAAUGUCCCACACACUGCAGGGCAGUAGAGAUGAGCGAGACAGGAGCCGGAAUCUGAGCGCUGCGCUGAGCAGGGACUCACUCAUAGUGUGAAGAGUUUUUCCAUCAUCCUCCAUCUGCAAAGCACUGCCAGUCUGCUCACUUAAACCGUCCUGCUGUCACUGCACAGGAACAGGGGAACACUGUUUUGCCGUCAGCCACAGGAAGUGCACAUCCUGUCAAUCACUGACAAAAAAAAGAAAACGCCAGUGAAAUAAAACUGCAAACAAACAGCAUGUGCCUAUAGUUCUGUGAUCCACAGACAAAUUUUACAAUAUCUGUUGAGUUGUGUCAAUAAUUCUAUUUAAAACUAGUGCCAUACAUUUUUUUAUUAUUAUUUUUAAUUAUGCCAAUUUCAGAACUGCUGUAAAUAAACAAUACAGUUGAAAUAUUACACAGUCUUCAUAUUCAUUACACUGUAACUCAGGAUCAUUUUAUGUCAGUUUCUUGAUGUUGUACUGUGUAUAAAUGCUGUUGCACUGUUUAAAUACGUCUUUAAUAAAAAAAACAAUUUGCUCAAGUUAUUUCCAGUUAUAUUCAAAAAAGGUUAAAAAAUAUAUUUUCAAAGAAAUUGCAAAAUAUUGUAGUCAUAAAACUUUGCAAAUACUCUGUCUCAUUUUGGUGUGCAGCAUUGUGUACAUUCUAUUUAGGUUUUGUAAUAGUAAUAGUUGUCAGAUUUUUUGUUGCCUUUGUUCCAUUAGAAUUACAAUUCAUUAAAACUCACGGCAAGUAU